UAGAUAGUAAACCACCAAAGGAGGUUCUUUUGUGGGAAGACUUUUUAGAAAAGGCUAACGAGUAUCUCUUUGAUCAACAAAAAACGAUAUUUGAAAAGCCACAAUUUCACUAUAAUCGUCAGUUAUAUAGUGAAGCAAAUGUUUGCGAAGCCGUGAACGCAAACAUUAAUUCAGUCUUAUAUGAACUAAUGGGAACGGAUUAUGUAUUUUCAAGCCGAAAACCUCAUGUCAGUAGGCCUGACUUUAUAUACUAUCACAAAGAUGACUUGAUUAAAGAGGAAACGAACAAAUAUUAUCAGAAUGUUAUGUGA